AUGGCCAGAGCGACAAGAGCAGGUGACCCCCGCGCCUUUGCCCGCACGGAGAGCCCGUCACCGCUGCGCCGCGCUGCGCAAGAGGCGCUGGCAACCGGCAAUGCUGAGCGCAACGCCGCCACUGAGGCCUCUCCCAACACGGAAGUAUCCGGUGCCCGCUGUGGUCUGCUUGGGACGCUCGCGCUGCCCUCUUUUCCCGGUGAUGGCGGCCAGGAGGUGAUGGACAACCGACCACGCUCUGAGCGCGCGUUACGGCUUGCACGCGUGACCAACACGGCGACUCUGUCGUCGCCACCAGCGCUCUCGUCUACGUCCACCUCCGCUGUGCCGCUCCCUGGGCCGCCACCGUUGUCAAGCGCCUCCUGCGCCUCCGUUCCAGUGCAGCAGCAGCGGCUGCAACUGCCGUCGCACUCGCCUGAAUCGAUGAGUUCCGCGUCCCUCUCGCGUCCGGUGGUGUGGCGGGAGUCACUGAGCGGGGCGAGUGUGACAGCCGCGACGUCCUCCGACAGCUACGAUCGCGGCGAUGCCCAUGACUAUCAUUGCAGCCGUCGGCAACGGUCCGACUCCCGCUAUCGCGCCGUCAGCGACGUGGAUGACGGCGAUGGCACCACCAGCAGCUCGCCCGGUCUCACCGAGACGAACGGCGCCCGACCGCCGUCGCAUGCACCGGCGCCGCUUCACCCAUCCUCUUUCCUGACGCAGACGCUGCAGCACGCGUGUCACAGCUCGCAGAGCAGCAGCGACAGCGCCAAAGAGCGCCGCCCGGGCGAGGCGCAGCAGGCCGACGCGGCGCGGCAGGCGGUCGACUCAUCGCAAGCAUCAUCGCCGGCGCCAUCUCCACUAACGUCGCGCUCUCCCUCGUUGAGUGCGCCGCCGUCCGCGCAGCUACCACCUCGGCGCACCGCCGAGGAGACUCGUAGGGAUAACCGCGGCAAGGGGGACGGGAGCGGCGCGGCGCGGCGGAUUCUGCCGCACGGCACGUGCCCUGCCGUGACGGAGGUAGCUGAGCUGCAGCUUCCUCUAGCCACACCGACGGAGAGCGCGGUGGACUGCGGCGGUAGUGGUGCCGCGGCAGUCGCUGGCGAAAGCCCUCCGCCGCUUCCACCGGCCCUGUGGGGAGCCGACGAUGGCGCAUCGUCCCCCCACGCAAGUCGUUGUGGGAGCCACCGCCCCAGCAAGAGCAGUGCCACUGGUGCACACGGCGUCGCGCGCCAGGCUGCAGCUUCUGAGGCCGACGUGGCCAGCGAAGCCCGUGCAGGCGACGGCGAGGCGCGGGCGUCUCGUGAGCGUAAAGAGCUCCCCGCGGCAGCUUCCCUCAGGGAUGGCGUUGCUGCUGCUCUGAAGGUGGACGGAGCACGUCGUGGUGCCGCGUCAUCAACUGAUGCUCCACGCCACGCUCAGCCGCCGCCGCCUCAGCUGCGAGCGCUGGAUCGGUGGCGCAGUCGGGCAUCUGUAGUCGGCGGCGCCACUGCUGAGACGGCCGCGCUCUCGUCUCCUUUGCCGGCCGCCACGCAUUCCCCACGGGGCUCCGCCGCGGAGCGAGUGACUGAGUGCGACGAUGGCCAUCCACCCCAGUCAGCCCGCGGAUGUGGCGAGACGGCGAACAGCCCGCUCAAGGGUGGCGUCAACGUUGCGCGUUGGGUGCGUAGCACUGUUGGCAGGGAAGCCGACCUCUCCAGGGCCUCGCUGUCAGCGCCGCCGGCCUGCAAAGCUGCUGAGGCGCGCGUGUGUGCGCCUCGCACGAACUUAGGCAGCGCGAGCACCGCUAGCGCCUCAGGCGCCGCGGGCACCUUUUGUGACAGCGAGCCACCCCGCGUGGUGGCGGUCCCGCUCGCCACGCUCCCCCAUCGCACGCCGCCCCGCGAGGCGCUGCCGCCUGCUGUCCUCACUGAGGUGGCGCAGAGCUGUGCGUCCGCAGCGCUUGUGUCAAGGAGGCAAGCGUAUCAAAGCGUGACCGCGGUGUCGUGGACGUCGUCGUCCCGUUCGCGCGUGCGGCUGACGUUCAUCACAUCACCGGUGCAGGUGCGCAGGGCGCGCAAGGCUGGGGAUGAGCUGGCCGUGGGAGGCGCCGCGCACGUCGACCCGCGUGAUGGGAGCAGCGGUGCCCGAUGGCGUGAAGCGGGCAGCGCUGGGGAGGCCUUUCUUGUGCGCAGCGGCGACGCACGCCGCGUUGAAACGGCUUCGGUGCCGCAGCACGCUCACCCGCUGCGGAGUUCCUCGAGUGGGCAGCGUGCACUACGUCCAGGGCUCGCGGCAGUGUUGGCGCCACGGGCUGCCCCCAUGUGCAGCUCGGCGAGCAGCGCGGAGGUGGACGGUGCCGAUGAAGAUGAGGAGACGCGAAUCGUAGCGCGCACGUGGCGGCCCGUUACGUGCCUCGAGUCCGUGCGCGACGAUGCCCGUCGGCGCAGCACCGGGGACGAUUGCCCGAGCAACUGGGGCGCAGCUGGAGCGCAUCGUUGGGGGCAGGGGCCGCAUCAUCCCCGAGCGGCGCAGAGGCCGGCAGCAAUAGCCGGUGCGCCGUCCGGCCGUCAUCAAAGACAGCCAGCCAGUCGCCCUCGCGACGACUCACAUGGCCGUGUGCUGCCGAUCGAGGCAUCGCCCCUUGCUUCAUCCGUAUCGUUGGCAGCCGAGACGACCACUGGUGUGGGUGCGAGCGCGCGCCAGGCGUGCUCUGCAGCUACGUGGCGGGCCGGUGUCGCCUCUGAUGGUGUUGGUGGGCGUGUUCUCUCAAGUACGACGUUGGCGCCUGGAUACGCUGCUGUGUACAGCCCUCGCAUGCUUGCCACACGGGUGCUGGAGGCGCGCAAGGUCCUCUUGGGAACCCCCGGCGCCGCUGCCCCCGCUGCAGCAACGAGCGGCUGUCCUCCCGGACCGUCUGGUGCACUACCUCCGCAUUGCGGUAGUCGCGCCAUGCCGGCGGUGGGGGCUACCGUUGCUGCUGCUGCUUCUACCAGUGGUGGUGUAGCGUCGUGGUCUCCUUCCUCGCUGCCGAGCCCACCACACGCUCACAUUGACUUGAAGGAGCGGAGCGCAGAUGAUGUCGUGAUGCCAGCGACGACGGCCGCUGCCGCGCCGUGGAGCCUCUACCUGAGCGGAUCGCCGGAUGCCGAGGAGUCGACGCGGCACCGUACAGCGCUGCCUCGGCAGCCAACACGAGGGCAACAACACCUGCACAAGCAACCAGACUUGCCAGCGGACACGUCUCCCUAUCCAGUGGCACGACGCAUCCCAUUCGGAUUCGCUGCCGGCACUCUUGCAGGGGCCGCAUCUGCGCAGGCCGUAUCACCUUCGCCUGACGGGCGCCUGCGAAACUGUCAGACAAGGACGGCUUCACCCGCAGCGGGCGCCUCUGCCCCAGUCCCCGGAGCGCACCAUCACACCGAAGACGGCUACCAGCGCUCGAGGAGGCCGCCUUGUCACGCACCAGCCGUGGAGCAGCGCAACGUCACAGCUUCGGCGCACAGCAGCCCAAUUGUGGCCCGAUCGGCGGCCGCGUCUGUUGCGGCUCCGUUGGGACGCACGCCCACAACAUUUUCCCCCACCACUGCCUCUUCCUCCGCUCCUCGUGCAAGUUCGGUGGGCACGGCGCAGGGCCGACACCAAAGCAUUCCGUCGCCGGAACACCACGCCGUACUCCAUGCUGCGGGCGCUGGAUCGCAGGCCAGUGAACGAGCGCGCUCGACAUCGAGGCGCUUCCCGACAGCGGCGACGCAUGCCGACCAGAGUCACGAUGUGCUUGAUGUGCGCCAGAAGCGCCCGCCACACAUACUCGCUCAGCAGGAGCUCAUUCAGGAGGAGGCGUUCCGCCGUCGCUACAUCAGCAUGCAAGAGGAUCACCGCUUUGCGGUUGAGGUGGCGGAGCUCAACUACCAGCGUGCCGUGGAGUACGUUCAUCAAAUAUCAGCCGCCGGUGUGGUAGCGGCACCUGGUCGGCGAAGCGGCCACUGUGCUGCUCCCUUGACGACCGGUUGCGACGCAGAGCCGCUGGUGGGUCUCCAGCGGGUACGACGCGAUCAGACAGCCAUGACGGCUACGCUGAGCGCGCUUGCGGAGGAGCUGGCUGCACUGUCGCCGUAG